UCGCUCUUUUCGGCCGCAGUUUGCCGUCAGUUCGUUACCGACUAUCAGUGCGUUCAGUCUUCUCGACUUCCGGUUACGUUAUACCCGAUUACCGGACCGUAACGUCGACCUCAAAAUAGCAUUUUGUUGUUACCGCCGUUGUCGUAGUAACGCGAAUCAACAAUCAAUAGCGUCGAGACGCCACAACUUUCAGUGCGAAAAUACCAAGUGUAUAAAUAAUGUGUGCCAGUUUGUAAAAAUUGCAACGAUGGAGCGGUUGUUUUUUGGAUUUUUGGUGGUGGUUUUGGGACAAGGGCUCGAAUUGAAAAAUGGGGCUUAUGAUGACUUUGUGAUUAAAAUCACGGAGGGCGUCCCGCGGAAGGACUGCAGGAUCGUCCUUGAUAACCUUGAGGAAACUCUUACAAGUGCAUCUCAAUAUCUGUUCUCCGCCCUCGACAGUAGGGCUUUUCUGCGCUCGGCAACUGUCCUGCUUCCGCCGACAUGGCCGGAUUCUUGCGCCUCUUCGGCUGUUGUUUCCGGUUCGGGUGAAACCCCCGAUGUGACAGUGUUGCCACGUGGACCGGCCCGAGGAAGGGUUUACACGCAACAAUCGCUAGGUUGUGGCGAACCCGGCGACCAAAUUUAUCUAGCGUAUGAAAGUUUAAUGCAAAGGGAUGCUUCGCUGGCCAGGUCUUUGGUCAAGGAGUUCGCCAAGUAUCGGUACGGGGUUUUCGACGAACAGGGCUAUUACAACGACCCCAUCUAUCCCAUGUGUUUCUACGACGAUCAGAACAAACAAGCCAAGGCGACGGGUUGUUCGGAUUUGCCGAUUAGUGAUAAUGGAAUCUGCACAUCGGGGGCUAGUGUUGCCUACAAUACGUCCAAAAUGGUCGACGAGAAGGCACGAAGUUCGAUCAUGUUUGCCGCUGAAGCACCUCAAGUUUCAAUGUUUUGUGAUGAUGGCAACCACGAUCGUUAUGCCCCAACGAAACACAAUUCCAUGUGCCAGAGACGAAGUGUCUUAGACGUGGUUUUGAAACAUUCCGAUUUUAGUGCCAAUAGUCUCAUUAACAACGUCAACAGCAAUCAAUUGAUUGACACUUCCAUUAAAAUCACGUACAAAAAACAGAAUUUGACGCGUUAUGUUUUUGUCUUGGAAAGUACCAAAGAUAUGAUGCAACGCGAAUCUUGGAGUUACUUAAGGCUGGCGUUUAGAUAUUGGGCGUCGAAUAUUUUGCCCGACAACGCCGAAGUCGGGAUGGUCCUUGCUGAGGAAUCCUCGAAGAAAGUCCUAAAUAUUGUUUCGGUGAAAAAUAGCAAUAAAGACGAGAAUAACAAUCGGGAUAAAUUCUACUCGAAAAUUCCGUACAUUCCGAGUGAUAUUCUUCGCGCCGGUUGUCUCAACUGUGCGCUCAAAGACGCCGUUGAAAUGUUAAACGACCGAACAAAAACAAACGGUCCGGCUAAUAACGUCAUCGUGGUAAUCGCUGCAGGAAUCGAAUCGUUCGAAGAAGUCAACAAAACGAUGGAAAAAGUAAAAAAAUCCAAAAUAAAAAUCGCCACAAUCAAUUAUCCCACAAUAAUGCGAGCGAAUCUUUUGAACCGACUCGCCGAAGAAACCAACGGAGUGUCGUACACAGUUUUCGAACGCAAACUAAACGUUGACACCACUCUUUUAUCAACUUAUUUCGAACUCCAAAAUGUUCUGUACGACAUCGUUAAAAAUUUCUACUCUGGAAGCCCGUCCGACCUCCCUAUCGAAAUCCACCGUCGGCAAAUCACCGACGAUGGUCGCAGCUCCAUCACUGGUAGUUUCAUGCUCGACUCUACAAUGGGCAAACCCUCCCAAUUCACCUUCUUCACCCACAAUUCCGUCACACCUCUCAUCAAAAGCAUCAAACUGAUAAGUCCCUCGCAUCAAGUUUUCGCCGAACGUAACGACCGUUUCAUCGAUUUCAAAAUGAUCGGUUUGACGGCAAACAUCUCCGAAAGUGGCACCUGGACGUACGUCGUUGAGCCGUACCCGGGAAACCCCCAACCUCAUUUCCUCCAAGUCACCGCGACACCAAUUUCCCCCACUGCGCCGGUCGUCACAGCCCGAUUUUGGACGCACAGAAACCAAGAUAACGGGCCGCUGAUUCUUUUGGUCGAAGUGAAAAAAGGGGAGAUUCCCGUUCUGGGCGCCAAAGUCGAAGUCACGGUGACCAAGCCGGAAAUUAACGGCUCGUACCCGCACAAGAAUAGCUUCGAGUUGUUGGACACCGGCUCCGGGGACCCGGACGUCACCAAGGGCGACGGGGUCUACACCAGGUAUUUCAACGUGGGGGAGAACGGACAAGGGUUGUAUAAUUUCGAGGUCACGGUCAAUGAUAAUGGGAACACGGCCUACACGUGGACGGAAUCGGGAGAGUUUGACGAUAAUAAACCAUGUUGCGGAUCAUCCAUUUCGUCACCUGGGGUUACCCCCGUUUCGCCCUUCCAGCGGGUUCUUCCGAAAAAAACCCUAAUGAUAACUUCUGAUGACAUAACCGCGGCAGAAGCAAUCUCUAGUGGACGAAUUGGCGAUUUGAGAGCCCAAAUCAUUCCCGAAGACAUGAAAGCUCGUCUUACUUGGACCUCGCCUGACUUGGGCGGCCAAACAGUCACCCGUUACGAAAUCAAAUACGCGGCUUCAAUCCCUGAUAUUACCGAUGGUUUCGAAACAAAAUCCAAAGAAUGGGAUAAUGCGCAGCCAUUCCCUCUACCCCCGGGGUCGGAAACCACCUACACCCUCGACAUGUCGCAAAAUCGCGAUCUAUUGGACAAACCGCUCUAUUUCGCGAUCAAAGCGUACCCAAAAACUUGGCCCGAAGUUGGCAGUCCUGUCUCCAACUGGAUCCGUGUUUUAGUCCCAUCACCACCGCCCCCACCCACCGUACCGCCAACCUAUUCGACCAACGACCACCCAUUCUGGUCGAAUAGCAACGCGAAUUCGGUAGGAGUGGACCCGGUGCGCCCCAGUAUCGAAAAAACCAUGGGUGUGGGUCUGGAAUUGAUCCUCCCCAUAGUCAUAGGUUUCAUCCUUUUGGUGAUCCUCCUAAUCGUCUAUUGUUACUUUUGCGUGAUCAAACGACGCGAUGCGAGAAAUUCGCACAAGAAAUCAACCAAAAACGACAAAUUGAGUUCGACCAUCACUAUAGUACCCAGUAGUCCGCAAAAUGUGCCUCAGAAUCAACACUACGUUACGGACUUGCCCGAUCCUCACCAAAUUGGCGUCCCGAUCAAGGACGAGUACGAAGAAGAGCAGAAAAAACGCUACUCUUUGGUCAACCAACAGGAGCAACAACUGAUCGAAGAAUUGAAACAGCAACAAAUGGUCCACUACCAACAGCGGGAUUUAGGGACUCCGAACCAAGGUUACCAAGGAUUGAGUGUUAUUUCAAACAGUACGUUAAACCGAAACGGUCACACUUUGAGUCCGUACAAUUCAUGGAGCGCGUCUCAAUUGUUGCACGAACACGAACGCCGUCACAGUCCCAUGGAGAAUAUGGACGAUCAAGUCAACACCCAUCAGGACCUCUUGAUGAACCCCCAAGCCGACCAUAUGUCCCAGGACCAUAUGAGUCUGAAUGGGCACUACCCGACCCAGCACCACAUCCCGCCACCCGUCCCACCGCUACCGGCGUUCAAUUCGAACGGUUAUCCCGUCAAUUACAACAUUUAUGGGGUGCACCAAGGCAAUAACCACAUGUAUCAGACCCGCAAUGAGGCCCUAGGCCCGUUUAACCCCAGUCUUCAGGGGUCGCUCUCGUCGGUGAACAGUGGUGACAAGAAGCGGCGGAAUGUGACAAUGGUGUAACGGUGCGUGAUCACAGAGACUUAUACGACCUAUUUAUGACACGAGGAGGAAUAAAAUAAGCGUUUUUGUUGAUUAUUUCUUUUUUGUAAAUUGAUUCUGCUAGUCAAUGUUGAUGUACGUUAAUAUACAGCCAGUACGUAGCAUGUAAGUGAUUGUUUGUAGUUUUAUACAAAUUUUUUGAGACUGAUCUCACGUUUUUUGACUAUUUGACAAUGUGGGUGGCCGUUCUAUAUCGUAAUCGUAAUCUUAGGCUUUUGUACAUAUACCUAGUGGUACGAUCAAAUCUGUAUAUAUUUUCAUAAGUUUUGUAAUUUGUCGACAAAUAUAAACUUGCAAUAAACCAUUUUUAGUUCGA